UCAAGUCUGCGUGUGCCGCCCGCCGAGAGUUACACCAAUUUUUCCGAGACUAAUUUUGUUCUGUGGUGCGUUUUUCUUGACCUCACGAAGAUGGCCACAGAGCAAAAGGCCGCCCCCAAGACGGCGGAGGCGGUGGCGGCGGAGCCGGCCUCGGUCGACUUUGACGACGUGUUGCCCCAUUUGGGCGAAUUCGGGCGCUACCAGAAGCUGCUCUUCCUGCUGCUGGCGCCGUUCAUGUUUUUCGUCGCGUUCGUCUACUUCAGCCAGAUCUUCAUCACACUCACCCCCGACCACUGGUGCCACAUCCCAGGACUCGAGUUCCUCACCCCCGAAGAAAGAGUUCGCUUGGCCAUUCCCGCAAGUACGAGUUCGCCGAACGGAUUCGACAUGUGCCGCAUGUACAACGUCAACUUCACGAGGAUGCGGCUCGAGGGACGCACGAUGGCUGACCCGUCGUGGCCAACUGUAAAGUGCCAGUACGGAUGGGAAUUCAACUACACCGAGAUUCCCUACUCGACCGUAACUUCCGAGUUUGGAUGGGUUUGCGACAACGACAGUUUGGCCACGUGGGCUCAGGCGAUUUUCUUCCUCGGCGCCAUCACGGGCGGUCUCCUCUUUGGCUGGAUUGCCGACCACUACGGCCGAAUUCCGACCCUCGUCGGCACCAACCUGGUCGGCUUUGCUGCCGGAAUGGCCACCCCGCUCACGUCCACCUUCUGGGAAUUCGCCCUUUGCAGAUUCUUCGUCGGAAUGGCUUUCGACAACUGCUUCACCAUGAUGUACAUUCUUGUUUUGGAAUAUGUGGGACCCAGUUGGAGAACAUUCGUUGCCAACAUGUCCAUCGCCAUCUACUUCACCCUCGGCACGGUCAUGUUGCCUUGGAUGGCCUAUUUCAUCGCCGACUGGAAGCUCUUCUGCGUGGCCACGUCGAUGCCUCUGCUGCUCGCGGUUCUCACCCCCUGGAUUGUUCCCGAAAGUGCCAGGUGGCUCGUGUCGCAAGGAAAGAUCGACCGCGCCAUCAAGAUCAUGAAGAAAUUCGAGCGCAUUAACAAGAAGAAAGUUGACCCGCAGAUCUACAUUGAUUUCAAAGAUUCUUGCGUCAGAGCGCAAAAGGAGGAAGACCAGGGCAAGUCGUACUCGGUGAUCGACCUUUUCAAAACGCCGCGCAUGAGACGCAUCACCCUCCUGUUGAUUGCCAUUUGGAUGAUAGUAUCGCUGGUGUAUGACGGCCACGUGCGAAGCGUGGGCGCCCUCGGCCUCAACGUUUUUGUCACCUUCACCAUCGCAUGCUCCACCGAGUUCCCGGCCGACACUCUGCUGAUUUUGUUCUUGGACCGCUGGGGCCGCCGCUGGCUCGCUUGCGGCACCCUCAUCGUCAGCGGAAUCUUCAGCCUGCUCUCCACCAUGGUCCCGCAAGGAGCUGCCUCUGCUGCUUUGGCCAUCAUGGGCCGCUUCAGCGUCAACAUUGCCUAUAACAUUGGUCUGCAAUACGCAGCCGAGCUUCUGCCCACGGUUGUCCGAGCUCAGGGCGUCGCCCUGAUCCACAUCAUGGGCUACGUUGCCAGCAUUAUGUCCCCCUUCAUCGUUUACCUGGGUACCCUGAGCGCGACGCUGCCCUUCCUGGUGCUGGGCGGUUUGUCCAUCCUGGGCGGCUGCCUGGCGCUCUUCCUGCCCGAGACGCUGAACCACGAAUUGCCGCUGACCCUGCAGGACGGCGAGGAGUUCGGCAAGGACCAGAAGUUCCUCGAGUUCCCGUGCUGCGGCAACAAGACGUACUCGGACGAGGUCAACUCGUCGACUGAGGUCGGUCGCAGCACCUUCUACAGGGCGGACGCGGGCAGGUCUUCGGCGCGGGCGUCGAUGCGCGCCUCCAUCAGAGGCGAGACGUUCCGCUCGAGCAUGAUCGUGCGCUCGUCCAUGAUCCGCCACAGACAAGUCUCCAAGGACGACGCGGCCGCCGCCGAAACCACCCCCAGCAAGUUCCUCACACCCCCCGAGCUCGGCCAGAUCGAGAAACAGAGAUACUAGAGGUGGAUAAAUGUCACUACCAAGCGUGUUUCGUUACCUAAGCUCUAGUCAUCAACAUUUCUUGAUCUAAGCGCCGUCGUCUAUAGUAUUUAUUUGUCUCAAAUUUAUGUCAAAGAUCAACUGGGAAGAUAAAUUUGAUCCGACUUUAGAUUUUCUUGUACAGUUUACGCUGCUGAAGCUCUAUUAUAUGAGGCUGCAGACGAAUGCAUUUUAAUUUCGAGGUUGUACGAAACAAAAAUUUAUGCAUUUUUUUAGUGUAUGGAACUAAAAAGCCAGUGCAUUGCAUUUUUCAAAGCCAAAUAGUGGAAAUGUUGCAGGGCAAUUUAUAGAAUUAUAGUUUUAACUUUUCAAUAAAAUAAAAAUUGUAAAAUUUACUACGA